AUGAAAUUCGCAGCUGAUUCAACUGUCCCAUCAGAAUACUAUGAUGAAAAUUUUAUUCCUGGAACAACUAAUAUUCUUACUGGUUCUCAGCACGAUACCAAUUCCAUUUCAUCCAACAAAUCACUCAAACGAGACAAGAAUGGAUUAGUCUUGCUUCCCCAACCAUCAGAUUCAAUCAAUGAUCCAUUAAAUUGGUCUAAACCACGGAAAAUCUGGCAUUUAAUCUUGUUGGCAUUCAUAACCGCUUUAACUGCCGCCACUUCAAAUGACGCUGGCGCUGCUCAGGAUUCAUUGAAUGAAUUUUAUGGCAUCUCUUAUGAUGCCAUGAAUACUGGUGCUGGUGUAUUGUUUAUUUUUAUUGGUUGGUCAUGUAUGUUUUUUGCACCAGCUUCAUCAUUGUAUGGAAGAAGAAUCACGUACUUGAUUUGUUUAUUGUUUGGGACUUUAGGAUGUAUGUGGUUUGGUUUCAGUAGAAAAACUGCCGAUACAAUUUGGUCACAAAUGUUUGUUGGUAUUAGUGAAUCAUGUGCUGAAGCUCAAGUACAACAAAGUCUUAGUGAUAUUUUCUUUCAAAAUAAUUUGGGUAGUGUAUUGACAUUGUAUAUUUUGGCAACUUCAGUGGGCUCAUUCUUGGGGCCUUUAAUUGCUGAAUUAAUUGCUGAACUGAUGACUUUUAGAUGGGUUGGUUGGUGGGGUGCUAUUAUUUGUGGGGCCACGCUUGUCGUGUUGUUUUUUGGUUGUGAAGAAACCGUUUAUGAUCGCCAAUUGAAGAUUUAUGAAGCUACGCAAGUUGAAAAUAGCAAGCAAAGUGAAUCUUCUCUUGUUGAUGAGAAGUGUUGUGAUGCCCACGGUGAUAAAGAAGCCGAAAUCAAGACCAUAACCAAUGACAUGACCAAAUCGGAAAAGAAAGAUAAAUUAGAUGCCUUAUCGCAUGUUCAAUCACCGACUGGCAAUAGCAAUACCAAUUAUGACAUUGAAACCAGUGACGAAAAACCAACACCAUACUUGAAAAGAAUCGCAUUAAUCACCCCAGCUCCAUACUUGCAAGGCUUUGGAUUCAAACAAUACCUAAACCGUUUUGUCAUCUACUUCAAAGUUUUCACAUUACCAGCAGUUUGGCUCUCAGGCUUACUAUGGGGAUUACAAGAUGCAUACAUGACUUUUUUCCUCACCACUCAAGAUACAUUCUUUUACGAUCCUCCAUGGAACAAAAGCAACACCGGAGUAGCAAUCAUGAAUGUUGCCACUUUAAUUGGUGCUGUUGUUGGAUGUAUCAUGUCAGGUAUCUUUUCCGAUAAGCAUGUUGUAUGGAUUGCAAAGAGAAAUAAUGGAGUAAUGGAACCUGAAUACCGAUUGUAUUUGCUAUUCAUUACAUUGAUUAUAUCUCCGCUUGGACUUAUUAUGUUUGGAGUUGGUGCUGAUAAACAAUGGCCCUGGCAGUGCAUUUAUGUUGGGUUAGGGUUUAUUGGAUUUGGAUGGGGUUCAAUUGGUGAUACUGCCAUGUCAUACUUAAUGGAUGCUUAUCCGGAAAUUGUCAUUCAAGGAAUGGUGGGAGUCUCAAUCAUCAAUAAUACCUUAGCUUGUAUUUUCACCUUUGCUUGUUCAUAUUGGUUAGAUGGUGCAGGUACAGCGAAUACUUAUAUUGCUUUAGCAGUGAUUGAUUUUGUCACUAUUGCUUGUAUUAUCCCAUUCUUGUAUUUCGGAAAGACAUUUAGGAAGAGGACGAAAAACAUUUACAUCAGUAUGGUUGAGUUAACUCAGGGGAUGGGUUAA